GUCACUUCCUCCCGGAAGCGGGGCCGGGCGGAUGUCUCCGGCGCGUCCGUGCAGGGGGAUGAGGGCCGCGGUGGCUGCCAGCGUGGGGUUGAGCGAGGGGCCGGCGGGCUCCGCCCGUAGGGGCCGCCUCCUCCGCCCGCCGAGCCCCGCUCCGGCGGCGCCGGGGGCCCGGCUGUUGCGGCUCCCGGGGAGCGGGGCCGUGCGGGCCGCAAACCCGGAGCGCGCCGGCUGGACCGAGGCGCUGCGGGCCGCCGUGGCCGAGCUGCGCGCCGGCGCCGUGGUGGCCGUCCCCACGGACACGCUGUACGGCCUGGCCUGUUCGGCGAGCUGCUCGGCGGCACUGGGCGCUGUGUACCGCCUCAAGGGCCGCAGCGAGGACAAGCCGCUGGCCGUCUGCCUGGGCCGCGUGGCCGACGUCUACAGAUCUGACUACCAUCUAGAGUGGGACCAGCAGCGACCCUUCAUUCUUGGAUGGAUUUGUGCCCUGUUUUCCAGGUACUGCCAUGUGAGGGUACCUGAGGGACUCCUGAAAGACUUACUACCAGGACCAGUGACCCUGGUGUUGGAACGCUCGAAGGAGCUCAAUAAGGACCUGAACCCCUUUACUCCUCUUGUAGGCAUCCGGAUUCCUGACCAUGCCUUCAUACAGGAUUUGGUCCAGGUGUUCGGGGGACCACUCGCUCUCACCAGUGCCAACCUUAGCUCCCAGGCCAGUUCUCUGAAUGUCGAGAUGCCUCCUGUUUUAGAAGUGUGCGGUCUUCGUCUCCUUAUGAGGGCUGUGUGCAGCAUGACAUCAUUGCAGAUGCUAGGGGUAGUGUCCAUGCUUCCUCUCCCUCUCCUCAGGAGUUCCAGGACCUCUGGCCUCAGUUGUCCCUGGUCAUUGAUGGGGGACCAAUUGGGGAUGGCCAGAGCUCCGAGUAUCGCCUGGGCUCAACUGUGGUUGAUUUGUCUGUACCUGGAAAGUUUGGCAUCCUUCGUCCAGGCUGUGCCCUGGAGAGUACCACAGCCAUCCUCCAGCAGAAGUACGGGCUGCUCCCCUCGCACUGAUCCUGCUUCUGCAUCUCAGGAAGAGGGGAGGACCUGAGGACUGGUGCUGGACACUGUGUGUCUGUCCGCUGGGGACUGGCAAGGCCUCAUUGACAGAGGCCACUGGGGCUGCGACGUCACUAGUCUGACUCUUUAAGGCACUGCGUCUUUCUGAACACUGUAGAACAAGCCCCAGAAGCUGUUGGUUUCGUCUCACACCUGGUGGGGAGGUCAUAUUUAUUAUCUGUAAUUUCAAAUAUCAGCCAAAAGGUGACGUAGAGACUUUGAGAACAUUCCUAGGAUGGCCUUGUUCUAAUAAGUUUCUUUUUCAAAAAUCUUUUCUGAAAAAUGAGGAAGACUUAGAAUCCAGUUGGAGCCCCCCUGUCUGGCGGGUAGUGGCAUUUAAGGUCCAAAUCAGCCCCAGAGCACCAGCUGGUGCUGUUUAAAAGUCUCCAAGUGGCCAAAGGCAUGUACUUAGGCACCUGAAGCUGGAACCACAGUAGGAUAAAGACUGUCGAGCCACAGGCCCAACACUAUUUUCUCUGAACUGGAGAGGCUGGUGGUGUGGUGUGCCGGAAGGCCUGGUGGAGAGAAGUCAGCAUUUUGGACUAAUGGUGAGAAGUGAGCUCCGUUGGCAAGGGGCGGGGGUAGGGAAGUCCAAAUCAAAGAAUACUGGAAGACAAAUCUCCACUAUUCUUUUCAGCUAGUAGCUUUUUUCUUACUUAGUCGUAAAAUAAAUUAUAAUGAGUUAUGCCUGUAAUACCUUUAUUUGAAUCCAGUGUGUACUCAAAGCCUUUAUUCAUAUGUAUACCAAGUGUUAAACAGAAUUAUUCUUGACUAUUUAAACCUUGUUUUUCUUUAAUAAGAAGUGUUUUGUAAAUAGUU